AGUAGAAAUUCUGCAUUGAAACCUUGAAGCGGCGAGUUCUGGGGAUGAGACAGGAGGACAGGGAUGAGCUGAGCUCUUUUCCUUGGCUCAGCAUCCCCUGCACACUAUGGACUUUUGUAGGGAAUGGAGCUGGGAAACCGGAGGAGAUAUGAAGAUGGAAGCAGCAGGCUGCUCAUGGACGACGGUCUGAAUAAUAGGAGGAGGAAGCAGGGCUGUGUGCUGCUUAUGCAAGCACAGGGUGUGCUGAGGCGAAGCCGACAUGGAGAAGAACCUAAAAGAUAAGGCAGAGGCACGGAGUGUGGACCCCAACAUUGAUGGCGGGUGGGCAUGGAUGGUAGUGUUAUCCUCCUUCCUUGUACACCUUCUGGUUAUCGGGUCACAGAUGGCACUUGGUAUACUGAACAUGGAAUGGCUGGAGGAAUUCAACCAAAGCAGAGGUCUGACAGCCUGGGUCAGCUCCCUCAGUAUGGGCAUCACACUGAUCGUAGGUCCGUUUAUUGGUCUUUUCAUUAACACGUGCGGAUGUCGCAAAACCGCAAUGAUUGGAGGGUUCCUGACAUCACUUGGUUGGGUGCUGAGCGCCUUUGCCACCAAUGUGCAUUUCCUGUUCUUCACAUUUGGAGUAACAGCGGGUAUCGGCAGUGGGAUGGUGUACCUACCUGCAGUGGUCAUAGUUGGACAAUAUUUUCAGAAGCGACGUGCCUUGGCACAAGGCCUAAGUACAACAGGGACAGGUUUUGGGACUUUCCUAAUAACUGUCCUCCUGAAGUACUUAUGUGAGGAGUUUGGCUGGAGGAAUGCCAUGAUUAUUCAAGGAGCAGUCACCCUCAACUUGUGUGUAUGUGGAGCACUCAUGAGACCUUUAGAUAACAGUGAGACAGACCAUAAAGAGAAAGAACAUGACCAAGAUCUCAGGGAAUCUUCAUUGGUAGACGAAGAUGUAGUGAAGGCUAACGGCGCAUUACAAGCGGAGAGCAGAGUGGAUACUGAGGUCACAUGGAGCAAGGAGGACAUCAGAAAUCCAAAGCUUAGCAAGGACAUAAACAAACUUAGUGUCCUGAAGACUCUAACCCGAAUCACUGUAGCACUGAAAUCUGGGUUUCAGGCCUGGUAUUCCAGUUACUUUGGAGCAUCCUCACUGUUCACCAACAAAGUAUUUGUGGCAUUUGUGUUCUGGGCACUGCUGGCCUAUUGCAGCUUUGUGAUCCCUUUUAUUCACCUUCCAGAGAUUGUGGAGAUGUACGGCAUGACAGAACAAAACAACACUUUUCCUCUUACUUCCAUCAUUGCCAUUGUGCAUAUUUUUGGCAAGAUUAUUAUUGGCUACAUUGGUGAUCUGCCUUGUGUCAGCGCCUGGAAUAUCUUCAUUGCUUCCAACUUUACUAUGGGAGUUUGCAUCCUGAUUCUGCCACUCAUGCAAGUGUAUGCAAGUCUAGCCAUAGUCUGUGCCCUCAUUGGCUUUUCCAGUGGAUAUUUCUCUCUAAUGCCUGUUGUGACAGAAGAUUUAGUUGGGAUCAAACAGCUGGCAAAUGCAUUUGGCAUUAUUAUCUGUGCCAAUGGGAUAUCAGCACUUCUGGGACCACCUUUUGCAGUUGUAAAUGCUAAGACAGUGGAAGGGAGAUCAUUCAGAUCUGUCCCAGAUGAUAAAUCUAGACCAGGUUACCAGAGACUCCCUGUCUUAGUGGAUAUCUCACAAGCCUAUUGUUUGGGGAAUGAGUUUCCUUCGCCUGUCCUGGGAGAUAACUACGGAUGCAAGCCUGUCUGGCAGGGAAGCUGUUUGGGGCACUCGGAGAGCUCAGGGUGUUUGGUUUCCUCAAGAGUUGUCUUUAACCAUAAACAUUCUGGGGACUUCCGGUGGGCGGCUCAGCAAGAUGGCAGCAAGAUACUGAAGCUCCCUGAAAACGAUCUUUUUGCAGCCUUAAUCUUAAGCCAUCCACGUCUCUCUUGA